GCCUUUUACCCCUUGAUGUCCACGUCGAUUGCUUUCACCCCUUCGGUCAUUUCGUCGUUCCCUACUUGUAAUAAACGUCUUUUCUCAACGUCUGACAUUACUCCUGCCACCCCCGAAGACGAGCCGCCCUACAAGAAACAGUGCAAAAGAGCCUCAAUGUCCGGACUCAGGAGAACCCGCUCGUUCCUUUCGCUGUCGGACCUACCCCGGCAGGAGGAUCUACAACAGUCGAUGUACCUGCCACAGAGUAGAGGUAGAAGCCGGGGCCGUGGAAGGAAGAUGAGCAUGUCACUGGCAGAGGGGGACUUUCGGGCGUGUUUGGAAGCGUCUAUUGCUUCGAGCCUCGCGCCUAUAACCCAUCCAUACAGCAGCGCGCAGCGGCCGCAUGCUUUCUCACCGGAACGGAUCGCGUCUAGCUCCUACACCUCAGCGCCACGUGUCUCUUCUCCCUUAUGUCCUUCACGGCGCCCUUCAUUCAUAUUUACUUCAUCUACCCCCCGUCCUCGCAAGGGGAAAUGCGAGCCGGACCUCCAUCGUAUCGCCAUCCAAACUUGCAUGCGUUCGACGUCCGAAGGCCAAAAGAUUCUGGCAAUGGGUCCGCGGUUGGCCAUGAACAUUGUGUAUGCGACUCGGGAGUUGGAACGCAUGGUUAAGGAACGCGGACUGGAAAUUUUUGACAAAAGGAUUGAGGAGGACAUUACCAUGGUUGACUCGACAACUGAGCCUUGGAUCAACGUGUCGGGGGAGCGGACAGGCGAUGAUUGGGAGAUGAUCAAUUGCGGCGCAUAGGCUUGUCACGCUUCGACCCCACUCGGACUCACUGAGCGCCAUCGCACUAUCGUUUCGGGAUUUUUGGGACAUUCAUCUGUACUUUUACACGCAUCUUGGGUUUUGUUAUUUAUGUUGUUUUCUUACUGCUGUUGUAUACCUAUCAAACACUACCUUGCAUAUUCAUUCUACAUACCAGACUAAUCCUACGAUAUUCGUCCCCUGUAUCAAAUAAGAACUUUGGAAAUCACUGAACUGAAUACAAUGGUAUGCGUGCGCAGCCAGACUGUGACUUCAUACCCAUCUUGAAUCCCGG